CUGUUUCUUUUGUUGUUGUUUUCACCGUGUGAAACAAUUUGAUUUUUUUUUUUAAACUGGCCGUGAGGCCGUUUGUAUUUUGCUGCGAUACCGACACAAUAAACAAUUAUUGUCCUCUUUCUUAAAGCUGAUUACUGUUUAUUUUCUGUGAUGUUUAAGAGAAAACAGCUGAUUCCUCUUUAAUCAUUAGUGGUGGCCCCGCCCCCGUGUGCACUUUAACCUCUGCUCUCAAAUAUUUACUUGUUGCCAAACAUCCAUGUAAACGACAGUCACUUUGGACGGGUGAAGAUGUCGACAAAUUACAGAUUAUUGGUGAAAAAUGCCAAACAGGUGGUUCUGAUCUGCAACAAUGGCGAAAAGUUUCUGACCAGAAAUGGGAUGCAGAAUCUGUGCUUCAUCGAAAACGGGAGCGUGGUCAUCGGAAGUGAUGGCCUGAUUAAAGCUGUUGGGUUUGCAGACUCCAUUGCGGUUCAGUAUCCAGAUGCCUGUUUUGAUACAGUGAUUGAUGCCACAGGAAUGUGCGUCGUACCCGGGCUGGUUGAUGCUCACACUCAUCCAGUUUGGGCUGGUGACAGGGUGCACGAAUUUGCCAUGAAGCUGGCAGGUGCCACCUACAUGGAUGUGCACCGGGCCGGAGGCGGGAUCCACUUCACCGUGGAGCAAACCCGAGCUGCUUUGGCCUCAGAGCUCCUGGCCUCCCUGUGCAGCAGGCUGACCCGGAUGUUGCGGGCCGGUACCACCCUGGUGGAGUGUAAAAGCGGAUAUGGCCUGGAGCUGCAGACGGAGCUCAAAAUGUUGGAGGUGAUUGAGGAGGCCAGGAAUUCUCUGCCCAUCAACAUCUCCUCAACCUAUUGUGGAGCACAUGCUGUACCCAAAGGGCAGACGGUUGCAGAGGCCACUCAGGACAUUCUGCACGUUCAGCUGCCACAACUCAGAGAACGCAUGUCUGCCGGGACACUCAGAGUGGACAACAUUGACGUCUUCUGCGAACGCGGCGUGUUUGACAUCAGCUCGACUCGCUCCAUCCUGCAGGCCGGCAAAGACAUGGGCCUCAACAUCAACUUCCACGGAGACGAGCUGCACCCCAUGAAUUCUGCUCAGUUGGGGGCGGAGCUUGGAGCCUUGGCCAUCAGUCACUUGGAGGAGGUGACAGAUGAGGGUAUCGUUGCCAUGGCGAAAGCAGAAACCGCCGCUGUCCUUCUCCCCACCACAGCCUACAUUUUACGGCUGCCACAGCCCCGUGCCAGAGACAUGUUAGAUGCUGGUGUGAUCGUAGCAUUAGGCAGCGACUUCAACCCGAAUGCCUACUGCUGCUCCAUGCCAAUAGUCAUGCACCUGGCCUGUGUCAACCUGAGGAUGUCCAUGUGUGAGGCGCUGGCUGCUGCCACCAUCAACGCUGCCUACGCCCUGGGCUGCUCUCACACACACGGCUCCCUGGAGGUCAACAAACACGGAGACCUGUUGGUGCUCAAUAGUCCGCGGUGGGAACAUCUGAUCUAUCAGCUGGGAGGACAUCAGGAGGUCAUUCGUUAUGUCGUGGUCAAAGGUGUGGUCGUCUGCAGCAACGAGAAAACCACAAACAUGUAACCUGAGAACGAGACUGAGUCAACCCAUGGUUCCAGUGGCAGAGCCAGGAUGUUUUGGGGGGGGGGGGGGGGUGGCGGCAAGAGUACACUGAGAGUUAAGUGUUUAUGUAUAACACAAUGUUUCUUCAUAACACCUGACUAAAU